UUGCAAUUCAAAAAACAAACGGUUACUCACUGCUUCAAAGUGCAGACGACGAGAAAAAAGAACAUUAAUUCUAACCGUCACAUUUCUCUUUCUUCUUCAGUCUCUGCUUUCCCCCUCAUUUAUCUUUCUCUUUUCCUCCCAAGAUAUUCUGCAAUGGCGUCUCAUUUGAAAUCCGUAACUCCUGCGAAAUCCUCCAAAUCAAACACGAUAACAUCAAAAGUUCGUGUCGUUGUUAGAGUGCGCCCUUUUCUCGCCCAUGAAAUUGUAUUAAAGGAAGAAAAUCAAGUUCCUUGUGCAUCGAUUCUGGAUGAUGAUGCUCACUUCGACUUAACAGAUGAAGUUUCCGUCCAUCUUAAAGACCAAAACACCAGUCGACAAGAAUGCUUUAAAUUGGACGGGUUUUAUGGGCAAGACGAAAACAACAUCGCAAGGAUUUACGAGAAAGAAGUCGAGCCUUUAAUUUCAGGGAUUUUCCAAGGCUGCAAUUCUACUAUCUUUGCUUAUGGCGCUACUGGUAGUGGCAAGACUUACACUAUGCAGGGGACUGAUUUGCAGCCAGGGUUGAUACAACUAGCCAUGUCUGCUAUACUAUCAAAGUGUGAAGCCACAGGAUGCAUUGCUGAGAUAUCAUAUUAUGAAGUUUAUUUAGAUAGGUGCUAUGAUCUUCUAGAGCUCAAAGCAAAUGAGAUUUCUGUGUUGGAUGAUAAAGAAGGGCAGAUACACCUUAAAGGACUAUCUCGUGUCUUGGUGACUUCAAUGUUCGAGUUCCAACAAGUCUUUGCUCGUGGCAUCCAGAGACGUAAAGUUUCUCAUACUGGUCUAAAUGAUGUUUCUAGCAGGAGCCAUGGGGUACUUGUAGUCACAGUAUCCAAACCUUCUGAUCAAGAACAAGAAGCGAGUGUUACCGGGAAGCUGAACCUUAUAGAUUUAGCAGGUAAUGAAGACAACAGAAGAUCUGGCAAUGAAGGAAUCAGGCUGCAAGAAAGUGCUAAGAUAAAUCAAUCACUGUUUGCUUUAUCCAAUGUCAUCUAUGCUUUGAACAACAACAAACCCUGGGUUCCAUACAGGGAGAGCAAGUUGACUCGCUUACUACAGGAUUCACUUGGAGGAACAAGUAGUGCACUGAUGGUAGCUUGUCUGAAUCCCGGGGAAUAUCAAGAGGCAGUUUAUACUGUUAGCUUAGCAGCUCGUUCACGAAAGGUCUCUAAUCUUGUUUCCUUGACACAAAAACAAGAAACUCCAAAGGUUAAGAUUGAUAUGGAAGCAAAAUUGCAAGCUUGGCUUGAGUCGAAAGGAAAGAUAAGAAGUUCUCAGAGAAAGGAUGCAUUCAGUUCUCCUUUUCACCUCAAGUCUCCUAGUAACCGCAGUUGUAUGAACAAACAAGCAGUAUUGCAUAGCUCCGUGAAGGAGAAAUCUGCAAGACAAAGAAUCACCAUUACGGACAGCUUCAUGUCUAUGCCCCCAAGUAAACUGUUUGAUGGUGAAGUAGCAUCUGAUUCUUUCCAAGAUGAUAGUGGUUGUGCUCAGGAAUUGCAAGAUUUUAAAAACUUAACACUAAGUGGAGAAAAUGAGGUUCAGAAAAUUCUGGUAGAUAAGCAAUCAAAUAGCAAUUUAGCAUCUCAAGAUUUGGUGAUCUCUGGACAUUGCUUAUCUGAGGUGAAGGAGGUUGUUGCUAACGAUAUAAAGCACCAUACAGUGAAUGCCACCAAAGUUGCAUCAGCAGCCUGUUUGCCUGAUGAGAGCUUGGAGAAAUAUGAGGAAAACAAUAAAGCUGGAAACUUCUGUCAAUUGCCGCCAAACAGGCUCCAUAUCAAUGGAUGUCAGAGUCCAACGAGGAUGGCUUUAACCCCAGUUAAUUCCAAUAUAACAAAAAUGACAAUUAAAGAAGUCUCAUCUAGAGAUGAUGUGCUUUCACUGCUCCUUGAUUCGGAUGCUCCAAAAACUCCUUUCAUUUUGAUGCGGGAAAAGUUUCAAGAUUGUAACACACCACUGGAUAGAUUUAAUGCUCGUACUUCCAAUUUAAAGAGCCAUCUAGUUCAGGAGUACAUUGAUUUCCUCAAUACCGCAACUAGGGAGGAGCUGGUGGAGCUCAAGGGCAUCGGAGUGAAGCGAGCAGAGUACAUCAUCGAGCUUAGAGAAAGCAGUCCCUUGAAAUCGCUGAGUGAUCUAGAGAAGAUUGGUCUUUCAUACAAGCAGGUGCAGCACUUGUUUAGCAAAGCUGCAAAGCGCGUCUUCGAAUGAAUGAACAUAUAAUGAGUUCAAGAUGUAGAGAAUGUUUACUGACUGACUUGUAAAGGGUAUUGUCUAUCUUUAUUUUAAUGUUUGUGUGUGAAAUGUUCUAUCUUUGAUUAUGUGUAAAAGGAUUCAGCUGUAUAUUUUUGGAAAAGCUCUUGAAGCACCCUCUGAGUAGUUUUUUGAUUCUCCCUUAUUUUUUUGAUUAUUCCUUAUUUUUUGAUCUUCUUGUAGACCCUCCGAGUAGUUUUUUUGUUGUGAAAACAAAGGGACUAAUGACUUUGGGUUGUACCAAGUCUGAAACCAAGUGGAUUUAUUUUUUGUUCCAUAUUAUCCCACUAUAUUUACUUUAUAAUAUACCUAGACGGUAAACCGUAAAACAUAGACUUUAAUUUAAACUUUUUCCAGAUAACGACCAGAAAAAAGUUCUACUUGC